AUAGACUAUCCAUGUUUAAAUUUGCUGGAGUUGAAGAAGCUUUCAGGGCAAUUAUGGAGAAGCAUAACACAAUAUGGUUUAAUGUUCAAUCUGUGCCUCAGUGUUUUACAUUUCCCCAAGAAGAAAGACCAGGGGAUGCCCCUAUACCCAUAUGCAACAAAAUCCCAGUUAUUGAUCUUGGAAAAUCCCUAGCAAGUUCUUCACAAAAAAUGGAAACAAUCAAGCAACUCUUGCAAGCUGGUCAAGAAUUUGGUUUUUUCCAGGUGAUUAACCAUGGAAUCCCAGAGAAUGUGGUGACUGAAACACUGUCUACCUUUGAAGAGUUUUUCAACAGUAUGGCUGACGAAGAAAAAAUAAAUGUACCAACUAGAAAAGGAUGGAUCUUCACAGGGAGCGAAGAAGAAGUUAAAAAUGGCAUCCAUUUAUGGAGAGAUAAUAUAAAACACCCUUGUCACCCUCUGGAGAAAUGCAUGCAAAGUUGGCCUGAUAAACCAGCCAGCUACAGCAGAGAAGUAGUGGGAAAAUAUGUAGCGGAAAUAAGGAUGCUAAGUUUGACAAUUUUGGAGCUGAUAUGCGAAGGAUUAGGAAUUGAAUCAGGCUACUUUGAUGAACAAAGCCAAGUUCAAUUGUUGUCAGCAAAUAAUUAUCCACCAUGCCCAGAUCCAAGCCUGACUUUAGGCAUAUUAAAACAUCGGGAUCCGAGCCUCAUAACAAUAAUAUAUCAAGGAAAUGUGAGUGGUCUUCAAGUUUUGGUAGAUGAACAAUGGAUGUGCGUUGGUUCUGUGCCUAAUGCAUUUGUUGUCAACAUAGGCAACCAGUUGGAGAUAAUCAGUAACGGGAAGUUAAGAAGUGUGGAGCAUAGAGCAGUAACAAAUUCAAAGGAAGCAAGAACAUCGAUAGCCAUAUUUGUCAAUCCAACUCCCAACAGCAUUGUUGAGCCAGCAAAAGUCCUGUUGAAUGAGUCUAAUCCUCCUCUCUACGAAUCCAUUCUUUACAGAGAUUUUAUCAAUGCUUCCAAGGCUUUUGGUAUUCAUACUGAUGUCAUACAAAAUGACGCUUAACUCAGGGCCCGUUUGGAUAGGAGGUGAUUGAUAGUGGUUGACUGAAAGAAUUUGUGCUUGUGUGAGUUCAUUUCCAAAGAUAUCUCCAGUAAGGCCCAAUCCUUCUCCCAUCAGCUCAAAAAGGCUUAAUGCCAGAUGUAAUUUUUGGAACAAGACAUGGUGUGUAUAUAUACCUACUAGAUAUGUAUUGUGGAUUCUAGUUAUUGAUCCUGCGAAAGGUAUCAGAUCGAUUUUUAUAGCUUAUUCAAGAAUAACGUCUAUACGAAAAGAAUGGGUGAUAUGUCACUUAUCAAAUGACGACUUCACAUAAAUGAAAAUUCCCAGUAAACCUUCGAAAUGGCAAUGUAAUCGACUCAAUCAUAAGAAAUUACUGAAAAUUUACAACAAAAGUUUCAUUAUUUCAGUACCAAUAGUCUGAAUUAGAGGACGCAUAAUAUAUUUCUACAUGUAGAAGACUAACAUUGAAUGGAUAGAACAAACCAAGCAAAAGACGAGAGAAAUCAUAGCAAAUAGCAGCAAAAUAUAGGAGAAUACCAACGAGAAGAAGCAACAAAAAAAGGAGAG